AUGGCACACGCGGAAGACCAAGAACCCCGCUGCGAGCCCGACUGGAUCCGCUUCCAAGACUCUUGCUAUUACUUCGCCGACGCGAAAAUGACUCAGAUCGAGGCAAGGAGCUUCUGCCUGGAUCACGACGGAGACCUGGUGAGCAUUCACAGCCCGGAAGAGCAGAUAUUCGUCGAAGACAACGUGGUCUUUCUCAACACCUGGAUCGGGGCAUAUUUGACCGGAUCUCUGAAGGACGAUCCUUGGAACUUCGAGUUUUACGACGGCUCUUCGAAGGAUUACCAUCAAAUUCCGAUCGAUCAUGACUGGCCUUUCCGCCCAGGAACUGCCGGUGAAGGAUUAGUUUUGAGGCCGUUUCUACUGAAGAAUGUGGAUUGUUCGUUGAAAAAGAGGAAUUUCUAUUGCGACGGUGCUUUUGUUCCUCCUAAUUGCUAUUGCCAAAGUGGUUUCGAUCACCCGGCCGAUAGAUGUUUUAGGGAAGGCGCUGAAGCAAUGACGCUUGACGAUGCAAACGAACAUUGCCAUAGUUUUGUUGAACCAUGCGAGUAUCACGCGGCUAUCCUGCAUCAUGAACAAUAUAACUUGAAGGUUUUCUCGGGAGUAUACUUGCGCGAUAGAGAAGACGACGGCGAUCCUCCCGGACGAUUCUGGGUCAACCUGAUAAGAAACCCGGAAACCGGAGAUUGGGAGACGAUGGGCGGGUCACAUCCGAAUGUGACUCAUUGGCACUGGGACGGAUAUCCGACCGAGGAUGGUGGCGAUUGCGUCACUACGUUCGUCUCUUCCUGGUUUCCUGAACCUGCAGCAAUGCUAUACGGACUGAUCUGCAAGAAACCCCUUGCUUGA